AUGAGUACAGCACCUGGACCUUCAACAGCAUCAGCAACUACUUCUAAUGAACAAACUCAGAAUACAGUACAGCAACCGAAAUUAGAGCUUGCAGGAAAAGUUGAAGUGUAUAAAAGUUCUUGGUUAGAAAACCUUCUCGAUUAUUCAAUACUUGUUUCCAAUAAUAUAAGUAUGGCAAGAGACCAAUUAGCUAAUGAAAGGAAUUGGCUGACUUGGUUUCGACUCUCUUGCACCCUUAUUAUUUUAGGAUUUACUGUGCUGAUUCAGUUUCGGUUACCAGAUAAUGGUGAUGAUCAUGACAAUAAUAACAAUAGCAACAGCGGUGAUAGCGGUAGCCAUUUUGCAGAUGUUGCAAAUAAACCAGUUGGCUUCAUUUUCAUUAUUAUUGGAUUUUUAUGCUUCCUAGUUGGCAUAGGCAAAUACUUUAAAAAUCAACGAUUAUUAGUGAAGCAAGCAACUUAUGUGGAAGCAGGUUGGGGUAGCUAUUCUAUGGUGCUUAUCGUUUUCAUAUUCGUCUGUACUAUUAUGAUUCUAGCAUCGACAAAUAAAACUGCAAACUCUUUUAUUUCGAGUUACUUGAUCUAA